AUGGCAUAUAAUAUUUUUUCCUCUCCCCUCUCCAUCACCUCACUGCUUACCAUACUGCUCGCUUUUGCCGUCGCUCUUGCGUCCCCGCUACAUCCAGCGAACCUUGACAUCCCAAAAGUGUUUAUUAUCGGCCUUCCUAACACAGGAACCAAAUCACUUGGAAAUACCCUCGCGAGACUCCCCCUUCGACGAUCGGGGUGGAAGGAUAUCGAUUCCCGAUACCUUUAUCACAUGUACACGGCGAAUCGUACCGCACCUCUUAUAUCUUAUGCGCAAAACUACGACAUACUAGAAGACCUUCCCUGGGCAAUCGCAUACAGAGAACUUGCCACCGCGUUUCCAGAUGCAAAAUUUAUUCUGACUUCGCGUGCGACCGAGAGUGCAUGGCUGGAAAGUAUCGGCAAACACAAUGAGCGCCGCAAGUGGAUUGGUAAUAAAAAGGUAUUUGGGUGCAAAAAGGCUAGCGGAGAGAAAUGUAAAAAAAAAUACCUGGACGCAUACCGGGCGCAUAAUGAGGGUGUGCGGGAUUUUUUUGACAAGGAAGGAAAAGAACGCCUCCUGGAGCUGGUUGUUGAUGCGCCAACGGAAAUGACGAGCAUCAAGACAGGGGGCAAAGAUACCGUGAUGGUCGACACCAAAUGGCUGUCGUUGAUUGAUUUCCUAGACUUAGAGGAGUAUGUUGAAAGAUCUGGAUGGUGGAGAAAGCUAGGGUUAUUCCCAGAGAAUAAUACCGUCACCGGCAAGCUGGGCAAGCUGUGGAGUAAACUCCAACAUGCGUGGGUUGGGACGAUGAAUGCAUGUGAGAAGGGAAUAUUGAAGGGGGUCAAACUGACCGUGAAAAUCGUCAAGGGUUUCGGGUUUCUCACCGCGCGAGGACUGUAA